AUGUCGCAGUCAGAGGGGGCGCAUGCUAGUUCAGUUUUGAUUGGGCGAUUAGAUCCCUAUGAUCAAGUAAAAGAGAUCACCAACUACCUUGAACGUUUGGACCUGUUUUUCAAGGCCAAUGAUAUUUCAGCUGCCAAACAGGCUGCUGUUCUGUUGAGUUGUAUUGGGGCACCUGUGUACAAAACCGUGAAGAGUUUGUGUGACCCUGAGGCAGUCUCUGAAAAGACAUAUACUGAACUGUGCACUCUGCUCAAGUCUCACUAUGGGCCUAAACGCCUUGUGAUCGCUGAACGGUUUCGGUUCUAUCAGCGCGGUCCAAAACCUGGUGAAACCGUGGCACAGUAUUCCGUUGAACUGCAAACCCUGGUAGGACCCUGUAAAUUCGGCUGUUUUCUAGACGAUGCCCUCCGUGAUCGCCUGGUCUGUGGUAUACACUGUGAGUUUAUCCAGAAACAUCUGUUGACUAAAGAUGGUUUGACAUUCUCUAAGGCCAUUGAACUAGCCAAAACACUCGAGAUGGCCAAUAAGGAUCUACAGGAAAUGAAGGCUAGGGGAGACGGCACUGUAGUCCAGGCUGUCCAAGAGUUAAAACCGCGCCAGCCACGGCGCUUCAACAAUCCUCCAAGCAAGGAUCAGCGUUCCCCCCACCCUCGGCCUAGUGGGGAUUGUGUAAUAAGUGUGGCUAUGACUCCUCCAUCAAAACAUGCCUUGCCACAGGACAACACUGUAAGAAUUGCAAGAAGAUGGGCCGUUUUUCUAAAGUCUGCCGUUCGAGGCCCAAACAGAUGCGAGCCAUUCUCCCAACUGAUUCAUGGCCACACAAUGUCAUUUCUGCUCGACACUGGAUCAGAUGUCAAUAUUCUUCCGCAAGACAUUUUCAACUCACUGAAUAUUCCUGAUAAGAACCUCCAGCCAUCCUCAACUCGUCUGACUGGCUUCUUUGGAGGGAAAGCCACGCCCAUCGGCGAGAACACACUGAUAUGCCAAGUCAAAGGCAAGACUCAGACUUUGCGGCUCCUCAUUUUGGCUCAGGGUGAACCAGUCAUAGGCAAGCACGCCUGUGAAUCACUUGACUUGGUGCUACGUGUCUACACUCUAUUCGGCCAUGAGAGUGUUUUUGAAGGAGGGGAAUGUCUGCAUGGUCAAACAGUCAACAUCAAGAUAGAUGGAGCAGCCAUUCCUUACUGUGUCACAACUCCUCGUCGUAUCCCCAUCCCUCUCAUGCCCCAACGGAAGGAAGAAUUAGACAAGAUGGAGAAUCUGGGCAUCAUUCAGCGGAUCACCAAACCCACUGAUUGGUGUUCGCCCAUUGUGAUCGCACCGAAAAAGAAUGGUGCGAUCCGUCUAUGUGUCGAUCUCAGACAGCUAAAUAGAACCACAACCAGGGAGAGAUUCACCAUACUGACUGUCAAAGAAGUCUUGGGAAAAGUAUCUGGCGCCCAGAUAUUCUCCUUACUCGAUGCCAAACACGGCUUCUGGCAAGUACCACUUGCUGAGGACAGCCAGGAGUUAACGACCUUCAUCACGCCAUUCGGGCGCUUUUGCUUCAAUUCUCCCAUUUGGCAUCACGUCAGCCCCAGAAAUGUACUAACGAAUAAUGAGUGA